CUGAAAUUCUCGGAGAAAAAAUAACAAUCAAUUUUUUAAUUUUAUUUUUUGGGGAAGAAAUUGAAACGGAAAAAGGAAGAACAGAAGAAGAAGAUGAUGGAAGAAAACCUAACGGAGCACGGCAAGUCAUUGGCAGCUCCGGCGAUUUUCACCCUCGUUUUCUCUCUCCACUUCGUCUCCAAAUACCUCGAAUUCCACAAACAGAAGAAAGGAUCGAUGAGUGAAUUGGACGUUCAAUUGCGAGCAGAAAUUAAGCAGCUUUUGAAGGAGGCUAGUUCUUUGACGCAACCUUCAACAUUUGCACAAGCUGCAAAACUAAGAAGAGUGGCAGCAGCGAAGGAGAAGGAACUUGCAAAAAAUCAAGAAAUGCACGACAAGGAUGUAAAAUUGUCAUUUGGCACAUACGAGAAGCUCUUAACAAUAUCAAAGGUUGUUACUUACGUUGUGCUGAUAUUAUGGUUGUGGAAGAUACCUAUCACUACAAUAUCUGAUCAACUCGUGCAACCCUUUGGUAAGCUGCUUUCUUGGAGAUCGGGAGCAUAUUUGAAAGACAAUGUUGUGGUUGGAAUCAUACCAUGGUUGAUUGUAUCCACGAGAGUUAGUAGAUUUAUCUGCAGGAAGGUUUUGGAAUAAAUCGAAGAUUAGCGAGAUGACUUUAUAUCAUUGUUUCUCCAGUUUCUAGCUCCUUCUCUCACACAUACAUAUACAUGUUUAUUUAAUGCGUCUUAGCUAAAUGUAUGUCUUUGUACAAGUUAUUAGCAACGGAUUCAUCCGGAAAUGUUGAUGCAAGCUAACAAUUUAAGCAUAUUUUUUAUUUUUUUUUUCAGGAGUAAAAGUGCAAUUUGGAGUACCACACGGCCGUCCCAAAACAAAGCCACAAUUGAAUACGGCCGUAUGGAAAUCGGAAAAAGCUAUUGCCCAAGUUUCACUUUGCGCACGGCCGCGCGAGAAAAAACACUAUGAUCUCACACGGCCAUGCGAGAAUCAGACAGCUACUGCCCAAUUUUGGCAGUAGCUGUCACAAGCUGUCACAGUUCAAUUACUCAAGGUGAUCCACUCUGCUCUCACAGUUCAAUUACUUAAGGUGAUCUAUUUCUAGCAUCAUCAAAAUGGAUCAACACAUUUUUUCUUUUAUUGGUUUAUGAAAUUUGCACAUUUUCAUAUACACAAACAAAUACGCACAUAUAUUAAGGAAUGGAUUUACCACAUUUUAAUAUGAUUACUCAACAUAUUUUAAUA